AUGUUGGUUCGUCAGAGGAGGAAGACAAAGGCAGCUACACAACCGCCGCCAGACGGAAAAAGAACGUUUAAGACACGAAUUGGUAAAAGGAUGCACAUGGACCCUCUCCGCAGGCAGAUAUAACUAAACAGCUCUGUUUGGAUGGACUUCGCUGAUCUGCAUCGUAAUUUAAAAUACAGUUUACGUUUGGUGUCGACAUCCAAAUGAGAAGAUUUUUAUCAAAGUUAUACUGAUACACUCCUUUGGAGGUGAGCCAGGGUGCAGUGACAUGGUAAUAUUUUUUGAAUGGCACCGGGCGGCUAUGGACCAGAAGAGCAGGAGUCGAUUGCCGAUGACUGGUGAAGACACUGGUUUGGGGGCUUUGGCCUCACCACUGGCGGGGUAUUUGGGAAAAGUGCAAGAAAGAGCUUCUUCACUGGAGUAUUGUCCCUGGUGCACUUCAAAGGGCUUGACCUAUGCGCUACGUUCGUACCGCAUCAACCUCCAGGAGUCAGUUACCCUCUGCACAAAUCCACAGUGCCUUUUCCCUCUGGUCAGUCGGUCCUUGGAGGAUGUUUUGGCUAGCUUGGUUCCUGGUGAGCCCACAGUUGGGAACAAAAGAAAAACUGUGGAAAAGAAAGAGUUGAUUCAACCCGCAUGUAAACGUCUGCGAUCAAGUGAACAUGACAGUCCUGGGCCACAAAUUAUUACGGACAUACUAGUCACCCAAGCAGAGCAUCGUCCUGCAAACUUUGUCAGUAAAGUCCAACAUGCAGCACCCAAGUCGGAUGGUGAAAAGACAAAUGGACGCCACAGGGAUUCUUCAGUUGCAGAGACAUCAGGACAAGAUGAGAAUGAGGUUCUGGACAAGAUAUCAUUGAAUGGUGCAUGUGCAGAGGAUUCUGCUCCUCCUAUGUGCUCUGUCUCAGCUGGACACCUGCAGUCCUCAUCAGGUGCGUUAUUGUCCACUGAUGGGAAUGAUCUUGCACUCUCUUCUCACUGUGGUGGUGCUGGUAUAUCAGAGGCUGAAGAUGACUUUAGGCUGAUGAAGAGUCCUCCUGAACUACUGAACAGAUGCUGCAUUCUGGACUCUGAUCAGUCCGUCUCCACAAACAUUUGUUCAACUGAAAUCGACACUCUCUCACCUCAGCACAGUGAGCAGACAGCAAGGAUAGGUCAGAAAUCACCGGCUCCAGGCAUCACCACAUGUACAGACGUACAAGGAAUUAAAUCAGAAUCUGAAGAUUUGUCUUUCAACACAGUAAGUGAGGAGCUUGUACCUGUUCCAAACCAGCUUUUCUGGAGGAACAGCAAUAACCUGUGUUGGCUGGACUCGAUGCUUGUUGCUUUGGUAAACUGUAAGAGCCUGAGAAAGCGUAAACCUAAAGAUGAGCCUGCGCAGUCGUCUAUCUGGCGGCUGAUGCAAGGAUAUGAGGAAACUUGUGCUGCCAUCAAAGUUCAUCAACAGUCUGGCCGAGAUGGUGUUGCGAGGGUGCCAGAUCGCGUGCUGCAAAAGGCCAAUGCGGAUCUACAUGGUCUCAGGAUGUCUGUCUUCAAACUACUGCAACCCAAGUUGCAUUGCAAACUGGGUCAGAGGGAAACUCCGGUAUUUGCCUUGCCGCUUCUGCUUACGAUGGACUCUUGGGUGGAGCCUCUCUUCCAGUCGACCUUUCACUGGGAGUUCAAGUGCAGUGAAUGCAAAAGUGUCGCAAAAGAGAGGGUUACGAAAACUCUCCCCACCUUCACAAACAUUUUACCGGAUUGGCGCCCACUUCAUGCCGCUCACUCGGCGCCGUGCAACGUGUGCCGCAAGAGGAAUCAGAGGAGGACCAUGAUGCUGGAGAGAGUGCCUCCAGUGUUCGAGCUGCACUUUGUAGAGGGGCUUCCUGACAAUGAUGUCAGAAACUACGCCUUUACCUUCAAGGGGAAACACUACUCCGUCACCACAGUCAUACAGUACAACCAGCAACACAAGCACUUUGUCACGUGGAUUUGUACAUCUGAUGGAUCAUGGCUUGAAUAUGACGACCUUAAACAUCCGGACUGUAAGACCCAUCAGAAGCUCCCAGUCCCUGCUGAGGAGAUCCACAUUGUUUUUUGGGAGGUGCACGAGGAUGAAGAACCUCCAGCCUGUUCUCCAUCCAGCACUUUUGCUGAAUCUCCUCCAUCUAAAAUUGAGAUGAACCCCAGUUCAGGGGAAAAAGACUUGAUGGAAAAUGAGCCGUUGGCCGACAGCCCUGAUCACUCUCUUUUCAUAUCGCACAAUGACACCGACAUCAUCCGUGCACUCACGGCAUCUGAAGAUGGCAGCAACAUGACGGACACAACAGUCGCAGCCGGCGUUGAUGCCUCGAUCGGUUCCGCGACGCUGCUCGACACCUUUGAGGGCCUUACCCAUGAUGACAUCGUUACGCUCACACUGGUGGAAAUAAAAGCUGAUUCGGACAUGCAGCUUGUAAACAACAACAACAACACACAAACUCAGGAUUUGACUGUUCCCAGCACAAAUGAAAUACGAGACUCCGCACCAGAUAGCUCCUCUACUGUAAUAGGUAAUGACAUGUCUGACAGUCCUCAUGUUGACCUGCCCACCACCUCCAACUCAUCUGAAUCUGAGGACGGCUCGACUAGUGAUCCUACAUUUGUGCCAGGUGUCAGGGGAGGACGAGGACGAGGACGGGGGAGAGGGAGAGGGAGAGGAAGAAGCAAACCUGUUGGUGAACAAAUUGGUAAAAAGGCAGCCCUUUCUAAAACAGCUUCACAUACUCCAUCACCUCCAUCUUCAGAGCCCUCCAAAGUUAUCAGUAACAAACCCGCAAGUGCCACUGCUGCAGCUACACAGCAAGCGUCCGCCGUGUCUUCUACCAAUACCUCACCCUUGUCCAAUGGUCAGAAAUGUCCCUCAGUGCCAACGGCACUGCAGAGCAGCCGGUGGUCGUUCCUGCUCAGCAAACACCCACUGCACCAAGUUCACAAGCCAGACGACAAACUCGCCCCAACCCCGGUCACACAGGUGAAGCUCACUCCUCCCACUCACUCUACUCCCAACCCUGUGAGAAGACAACAGAUUCCUGGAGGACCCUUCUCCAGACCGCAGCUCAAGACAGAGGGGAAUGAGGGUCUCCCGCUAAAAGCAGCAGAAAUGUACGAUGCAUUCGGUGCAAAGAGCUCAAGCACCCCAAGUCUACUCACAUCUGCUGAACUCAAUGGCAACUCAAAGCUGUGUCAGCCCUUAACUUCCAAUCACCAAAAACUACUAAUGAACUCUACAGUGGUGUCCGGUACAUCACUUUCUAUGCCUGGAGCAAAGGAGAUCCCUGAAAUAUCCUCCUCAAAGAAACGCAGCAACCAGUCCUCGAAGCUACCUCCGGGUCUCAGUGAAACUGAAGUCCUCAGGUACAAGCUGAUAAAGAAGCUGAAAGCAAAGAAGAAGAAGCUUGCAAAGCUGAAUGAAAUGUUGCAUCAACAGGGUGGAGCCGGCCUCCAACCUGACAGCACUGACCUGGGCUCUCCCAACACCGUCACCUCCAGUACAUAUGACGGCUCAAUCUGCGACGACUUCCUAUCGGACCUGCUCUCACCGGCGACUACAGCCAGCAACCUUUCACCAGACAGCACUGGCUUCCUUGAGAUGCUCGCCAGCGGGCAAGAUGGAGUCGAGCAGUUGAACUGUGGGGUCGGUGCAGUGUCGCAGGUGAACACCCGUGUGAUCGAGGCCAACACCGAAAACUUCCUGGACGACUUUCUCUCGCAGGCAGUGGCUCAGAAACCGACUGAGAUGGAGACGGAGGCGCUAAAUGCACUUGAACUGUUCGUUUAAAGCUGUGGAGGUGGAUGUUGUCUGUAAGCUCCAAGCACAGAUAACAUGAACCUUGACUCGGUAUCGUGAGAAUACUAUGCAACUCGUUCACACCUCAUCUAUUGAUUGCUCAUUCCUAAGCAGCCCGUUCCACGUGUAGAUGCAAGUUUAAAGUAAUGAAGUCCAAUGUGUUUAUGUUGCUAUUAAUUUAAAUGCGUUAAAGAAGAUUUUUUGUAUGCAAGACAGCAUGUUGUAUCUCAAAUAAAAUUUGCAAACCUCAUCUUGAACUGUUUUUCUGCAAGUCUGGCACUUUGAGGUGUAUAUAUUGUAUGUGAUAUGUGUCGUAUUGAAGCCAUUGGGUUCACAGUCAAAACUGUUUUGCUUCAUUUUGUUAUUUUCACAAGCUACUUGAAAAUUGUCAUGGUUUAUUUUUUUGUCAUUUAAUAGAUACUUUAACAGACUAGUGUUUGUUAUAAGAAAUGGCGAAAUUAUUAAGAAAAUAUGUGUUGCUGUUUUGUUCAGUGUUCACAUCAACCAAUUUCCUAUAAAGGGAAUAAAAUUUUAGUUUUUUAAAA